AGUAGUUGUUUUGUGGUCCACCAUUCUAACGGUUGUGGCUGGUUGGCCUGUCUGCUCGGCCCGCCGUCGUCUCAGCUCUUGUGUUUUCUGUUACGGAAAAAAAAAGAAGAAAAAACAAGCCGGGGACGACGGCGGCGAGGACGACGACGACGAGAGGGACGGAACUGGACCAGCGCACGUGCCGAGAUGGCGGCGCUGGAUGACAAGGCCAUGACGGACCUGGAGACGCUGGAGGAGGAGGAAGUGCUGCGCCGGUUAGGCACAGCGGAGGAGGCGGGCCUCACCGACAACGAGGCCGCGCGACGCCUCCGUCUCCACGGCCCCAACGUCGUCGUCCUCUCGCACCACGAGGGCAGCAUGCUUCAUGGAUUCCUAAUGGCGCUCUUCUCGCUCUGGGGAUGGGAUCAUGUCUUCCCCAAGUACAAUAACAUGGUCCGGGUCAUACUUAACUCCAUGUCGUGGGUUACAGUACUGACUAUAGUUGUGUCUCUUGCUAUCACCUCAGCUGGCCAAAGAUCAUGCGAGCUGGCCAUCAUAAUUUUCGUAGUAGCUACAUGCCUCAUAGCAUGCUUUACUGCAAUGCUUGUUUUAGAGUAUGCUAAGGCUCCGCUGGAGGCCAAAGCCCACGCACCAAGGGCCAAGGUUCUGAGAGAUGGGAAUUGGAGAGAUGUACAUGCAGCAAAUCUGGUCCCAGGGGAUAUCAUAUUUCUCAAAGUUGGGGACAUUGUCCCAGCCAAUGCUCGCAUACUCCGAUUUCAGAAAAUCGACACAAUGACUUGCUGGGCCAAAAGGUCUGUUGAUUGUGCGCAUGGCUUCCUCCUAUACUAUGCUUGGACUGUUUCCUGUGGCCAAGGAACUGCCGUUGUCAUUGCAACUGGACGUGGCAUUCCCAGAAGUACAUUGCGGCUCUACCCACAACGUUAUGCUCGACCUGGGCAGCUUAAAGAAGGAGCCAUGCUUACUGGCUGCUUCUGUGCUUCCCUGGUACUUGUUGGCACUUUUGCUGAGAUAGUCUUAAGAUUUUUGUUCCAAAAACAAAAUUACAGAGGCAUGCCACUCGACGCCCAUUUUAUGCCAUUGAUUGGUGGAAUCCCGAUGGCAAUGCCUACUUUUUUUUACCUGGCAUUGGCAUUGGGAUCUGUAAGGCUUUGUUUUCUGGGGAUUGCUAGCCGGGGAACAGUUGCACUUGAAGAUCUAGCAAGUGUGGAUGUAAUCCUCUUCAACAUGACUGGUACUUUAACGUGUAAUCAGCCCUGUUUUGUACGGGACAAGAUUGAGAUGUUUGCAGAUAGCGUUAAUAAAGACCAUGCCAUAGUUUUAGCUGCACGGGCAUCAAGAUCUCAACAUGAGUUGUACAUUGAACCAAUUGAUGCAGCUAUUCUAAGCCUCCUUGAUGAUCCGGAGCAGGCACGACUCGGUGUUCAAGUCUUAGAGCAUCAUGCCAGUUUCUUUGUUGCACUGAAACUGAUGUUCCAGACUACAUACAUCGACGAAGGCAAUAGAUUCAAGUGUUGCGUAUUCAAAGGUGAUCCUGCAAAGGUUGCUCAUCACUGUGGCAGCAGCAAAGAAGUUAAAGAGAAAAUAAGCAUGAUAAUGGAUGAACUUGCCCUUGAUGGAUAUCAGGCCAUAGCUGUAGGACAUCAAGUAGACUCUUGUUGGGACUUUAUUGCCCUUCUGCCUUACACAGAUGACCUUAGAAGCGAUAGUGCUGAUGUUGUCGAUAGCCUUAUCGAUCUAGGUUUAGAUAUAAGAGUCCUCACAGAAAGUCCAUUGUCGACCACAAAGCAGGUUUGUGGAAAGCUUGGAAAACUAGGUACCAAUGUGGUACCUGCACAUAUAGUGUUUGAGUUAGCUCGCAAUAACAGAGAAGUCCAUUCAAACAUCAACGGGAUUUCUGAUCUCUUUCCAGAGGACAAAAGCGAUAUAGUAAGAAGACUAAGAAAUUUCGGUUGUCAUUGUGCAAUGGUUGGGUAUGAAUUUCUUGAUCAUGAUGCCAUAGGAGAGAGCCAUAUUGGGAUUUCAGUUGCUGAUGCAACUGAUUACACAAAAAGUGAAUCUGAUCUUGUUUUGACUCAGCCUGCACUGAUGCCUGUUUCUUCAGCAGUGCAAAUCAGUAGGAAGAUUUGUCAGAUGCUAAGAAGCUACACUAUAUUCACCAUUUCAUCAACUGUCCAUCUUUUUGGUGUCCGUGUCAUUUUACAUUUAUGGAACUUUGACUUGUCAAAUAUCCUGGCUUUCAUGAUUACAGCUUGUAAUUACUGUGAGCAUCAGUUCCAAAAGGACACCACCAUUAUUUGCAAUAUGUAUUUUCUUUUUUUAUUUUCCUUGUUUCUAUUUUUAUUUUCAGGUACGUCCUUUGCAAUGUUAUUUGAAAGGGUGGAAUUGAACAAGUCACCAGAUAAAUGGAGAGUUCAGAAAAUCAUUACAAGCGGUGCUGCUUUUGGAAGCUACAUAGUUCUUACUACUGCCAUUUUUUAUAGGGUUGCAACAACUGCAAACCCUUUUGCAUGUAAAUUCAAACAUAUAUCACUGAUGGGCAGUGAUGAGGAAAUCAGAUCUGCUUUGUUCCUUCAGAUUAGCACAGUAAACCAGGCUAUUGCACUCUUUGUUCAUUCUGAUGGUUGCUGUAUCAUAAGAUGGCCUGGACCUUUUGUCACAUUUGCCUUUGUUGUUUCUCAAACGGUGGCAACACAAAAAGUUGUCCAUGGCGACUUGAAUUUUGCACUAACAAAGGGUAUUGGCUGUGUUAGGGCCGGAUUGAUAUGGUUGUAUAACUUAGUCCUACUUUUGGCCCUGGUUUUAGUUUGUCGCAAAUGGAGACACGCAAAGAUGACUAGUGAAAAGUUGUUGACAAUAUGCUUGCGUUCAGCUAUCCUACACAUAGUUCUUACCUGGUUUCUGUACGUAAUACUUGAUGUUAGGGUGCAACAGCCAGUCUCUAGUAGAUAGAUCGAACACAUAGUUAGGGCUUUUUCCUUCUGCAGUGUCAUCUGUAAAACUCUCAAGUUAAUUAAUAUCUUGCAUAAUAGAUUUUGCAGUUGGUUGGCCCUUCA